AUGGCAUCGCCUGCUAUCCAUCCGAGCAAGCCUUCAGGCUUGGUUGAUCCUCGACAAUCCGGGGACUAUCCCAUCAUCCUCGGAGAGAGCCUGAAGGCAGAUGCGAAAGCCCAGGACUUGUUUCUGAACAUUCGAUAUAACUGGCAACCCAAAUCCGGCUUCGGCGCCCGUGAGAGUCGACUGAGAAAGGCUGGUGACCGAUAUCAUCUGGAAGUGUCCGAUAGUGACUCCGCUGAAUACGAGUAUCUGAGCAGCAAGUCGCGUUCGGAGCCUUCAGGGACACCCGAUGACCAGUCAAGAUCACUAGCUCUCAUCUUCGACCAGUCCAAGUCUGCCUUCGUCUUGGAGGCCAUCUCGACGUCUUUGGACAUGAACCUGAAAGCUGCGCCGGGCAUGUCCUCCAAGGACGCUCGGGCAUUGCCGCAACUACCUGGCCAUCUACAGUCGUCUACAAAACAACCGGAAGCAAACGGGCACGCAGCCCCAUCUUCCGACGACGAGACGCCGGAUCCGUCCAACCCCUACGACUUCCGACAUUUCCUUGCCGAAGCACGCGAAACCCUCGAAAAGUCAACAAAUGUGCCGGGCAAUCGUACGCCCAUUCCAGGCAGUCGGACUCCGAUGAGUGGCACGACCACGCCUGCCCCUGGAGGAAGUCGAUUCUUGCCUACUACACCACAAUCCCGACCGACCUCGAUUCCUGCCACUUCUAGAGCAACGCAACAGCGGAAGAAGAAGAGCGAAGAUGUAUCUCGAGGGCCCGGUCGUGCACCCGCUGCCAAGGCCCCCACAAAGCGAGACAUGCCCAAGCCUACCCAACCUCUCAGCAAAGCCCGCGUUUUUGACUCUGACGAAGAUGAUGAAUCUAGCGACGUGACUCGAGCAGCUGCACCUAAAUCAGCGAGCACCACCGCGAGACCAAGUCAGCCAAAGGCUGGAAAAGGCCACACGCGCAAUGUCUCUGACAAUAUCGGCAGCUCACCCCAUAUCAUCAUCAACGACGAUGAUGGCGAUCUGGAAAUCGACAUGGGCAGUCCCCCUCCAGACAAUGGACGCUCUCGACGUGGGAGGGUCGAUCCAGAGAUGUUCCGCAGUCAUACCGCAACGCCGAUUGGUGGGUUAAGUUCGAAUAUUGGGCGUUCUACUUCAAGGCCGGUUUCUAAACCGCCUGUGGAGGAGAUCGCCAGGGGUCGUCCUGGCAGAGAAAGGGAUAGAGGACGGGACACGGAUAGGGACGUGACGAUGAAAGAUAUUGAAGGCGCCUCUUCGGGGGGAGAAGACGAAGACGUGGAGGAGUUCGAGCUGGGAAGUCCAAGGGAGAAGAGCAUUGUCGUGCCGAACAGAGGAGAUGUUUCGAGAUCGCAGGAUGAUGUGUCAGAAGAUGAAGACCGGCGAGACCGUGGUCGUCGGCCACAACAGCAACAGCAGAUUGACCAAGCCCCGCCAACACCACCUGAACCAGUCAAUUCGCACGACGAUGACGACGAAGAUCUACUUGAAGCGGCACUAGAAGCGGCGCUGGAAGAAGAGGACGAGAACGAGGAUAGAGGUAUUGGCUUGGGCAUUGGAAUGGCGCAUGGAAAUAUGCAGGAUGACGAGAGCGAGGUUAGCGAAGAGGAGUAA